GCACUUGCUAGUUCAUUUAGAUGAGGAGACUAAAAUUGGAGGACCAGUGUAUUAUCGGUGGAUGUAUCCGAUCGAGAAGUAUCUGCGUACACUUAAAGGAUAUGUUAGAAACAAGGCACAACCUGAAGGUUCAAUAGCGGAGGGAUAUAUCUCAAAGGAGUGCAUGACAUUUUGCUCUUGCUUCCUAGAAGACAUUGAUACGAAGCUGAAUCGCCCAGCGCAUCAUGAGAGCAGCACGGUGAAUGAACCACCGGCUGGUCUUAGCAUAUUUGGGAGCAUGCUGCAGAUGCGGCACUACAUAUUAUCAAACUAUGACGAGGCAAUUCUAUGGAUUAAUGAGCAUAAGGAGCUGAUGAGAAGAGCUAGCGCACACGAUGUUGAUAAGCGUCAUAGGGAGCAUUUUGUUGGGUGGUUUGAACGUAAGAUGAAGGUAAAUGCAGAAUGGAAGAUUAGUGAUGAGCUAUAUGCCCUUUCUCAGGGUCCUCAUUACCUGGCUCGUGAUUUUCCUUUUCGAAUUGCUUCUACAGAGGUUAGCUUCAGUACACAAAAUUCUGGAGUUUUAGUGAAGGGUGAUGAUAGUACGGGCAAUAUGGAUUGGUAUGGUGCCCUUAAAAAGAUAGUCACACUAGAUUUCCCUGGUGAAAAAAGAAGUCAUUUUGUUUGAGUGUGAUUGGUACGACGUUCCUGCCACUACUAAGAACAAAAGUAAAGGGUACAAUAAGGAUCAAUAUGGGAUUAUAGAUACUGAUACAACUCGUCGUCGAUAUGUAAAUGAUCCUUAUGUUCUGGGGAUUCAAGUUGAGCAGGUUUUUUGUGUCAAAUGAGCAAAUAAAUCCAACUGUAGCAGUGUUGUUAGAAUGAAGCCUAGAAUUUUGUUUUCCAUGCCAGAACUAGAAGAGACUGAACGGAAAGGACAUAUUGAUAUUGACUCACUCGAUGUUGUUGUCGAGACCAUGAACAUUUCUAGCCAACCUGAAGAGUUGACAAAUUGGACAAGGAAUGACCUUCAAGGAGUGACCGGAGAUGCUAGCAUCAUUGAAAAAGCUAAAACCUGUGCCAGAACCAAAUGAUGAAGACUUAGUUGAUGAACAUGAUGAUAAUGAUGACACCUACAUUGACGAGGGACAUGUUGCACCUGUCAACUCUUUAGGCCAAGGAUAGGAUGAUGAGUUUUUUUACAUAAAUGUGAUUUUAUAUGUAUUGAUGUGAUUUUUUAAUUGAUGGCUUGGAUCAUGAGCUGCCCAAUUUUUUGUUUGAUUUAAGGCUUGGUUCCUGUGCUGUGAAAUAUUGAACUCAAAUAUUUGUUUUUUGUUAAUUGAAGGAUUGGUUCAUGAGGUGUGCAA